GAUUAUUUAAUAAACAUUGUUUUUCUUUUUGUUUGUUUGCCUACGGUAUGUAGUUUCACCUUAUGCAGCGUUAAAAAAUUCCUUUUGGGGAAGCCGGCUAGCUUUAACAAUGCAAAACCAAGUAUAAUAAAUGGCAAAAAAGAAGUCCAGACGGGGCGCCGUUCUGCUUGCUGGUCCCGGUCAGCCACCACCAGAUUCUUCAGAUCAGGAUGAAGUUUCAUCACCAAAAGAGAGCACCCAACCAAAUGUCAGCGCUACAAAGUUACCUCCCGAUCUGCCGCUACGGCGUGCGACGAUGUUGGAGCAAGAUACCCCAAUGGCAGCUCGACAAAGAAAAGUCAGUCGGAGUUUUAAGGUGGGCGCGCUUGACACUCACAGAAAUAGUUUCUCUGGCACGCCUAGGUCGCUGCGCAAAGGGUCAGUAGCACCACCGAAGUCUUUACUUUCAGCUGAUACACAACCAAGGAGAUACUCGGUAAUGCAUGUAAAAAGCACUAACAUGCUUGGUGAAAAUGUACAGAUCGACAAACUUACACCGGCAAGUGAAGCUCUUACUCAACAGCAAAUAUCCGCAUUCAAAGAAGCGUUCGAUUUGUUUGAUAAGAACGGCGGUGGUACAAUCGAUGCAUUGGAAUUACAGAAAACAUUGGAAUCUGUUGGUAUCUUCUUAGAAGAAGAUGAAAUCCACGACGUUAUGAUGCGAUUAGAUAAGGAUGGAAACGGGGAAAUUGACUUUGAAGAAUUUCUAAACAUGAUGACGAAUACUGAAAUGUUUCUGGAAGCAUUUGCUUCACGUCACGGUGAUAAGCCAUCAGAUAUGCGUCGUGAACGGGACGUCUUACUGUUUGAUGCGUUAACGGAGUUCAUGAAAAAAUCAGCAUUAAAGGAUGCUCACGAAAUUGUGGGAUAUUAUGCAAAAACCUACAAGAAAGUAGUGAAGUCAUACAAUAAAAAUAAAGGUGCUCACGUUGUUGGUCAUUAUGCUGAUGGUGCUCGACUAAUCGGACUUACAGAAAAGCAGUUGGUAAUGCAGUUGAAGCAACUUACUUUAAGUCAGAAUUAUGGAAAUGACAGCGAGAAGUGCAGUCCGUAUGCACAACCUUUACAUCAGUCAAUGUUGAGAUCAGUAACCACAAAUGGUAGAAAAUUUGGAAAAAGACGAAAAAGAAAAAAACGGGAUUCCAAACGUGCAGCAUCCGUCGGUACUAAGCCUGACUCUGAAAGUGUUUCAACUGACACAUCAUCGUCUUUCCACGUACUUACACGGAAUCACUCAGUAUCCUCCGCUCCCCCAGCUAUUCCAGCACAGGCUUUACGAAGACAUGCUUCGGAAGCUCCAUCGAAGAAGAAAGGAAGAAUUAUUUUGAAAGUGGUCAUGAAUAGGGAUACGGGUAGGAAAGACAGUAAUGCGAAGCAUGAUGACAGAGGAGAACAUCCCGAAGUUCAGAAACCGGAAGAGAUACAAAAAGAUAAGGAUCUUGUAGCUGAACACAAACCCGGCUGGUUGAGUCAGCGUAACAUCAUGUACAAUGUGGAUAUAAGUCUUCCGAUAAAAUACAGACACGUGCAAGUGGAUCGCUUACCACGACUGCGUCAGAAGGUGGAGGAAGCAAAAACUCGUUUUACUUCAAAUAUAGCAGAAAAGAAAAUUCAGCAUAAUAUACGACAUUAUAAAGAACUAGAUUCAAGACGAAUACCUUCGCCUGCACUUAAUAAUCAAUUUAUAAAAGUAUUCUGUGCGUAUAGUUGCGCUGAAACGAACAACAAGACGGCAGUAACGAUCAAGCAGUUGAAAAAAUUGGCGGACAGAAAAUAUUAUAACGGCGACGGUAACCAACACCAGCAGUAUUAUAUUCCAAGCAAGGAACCAAAAUCAGUACGAUGAUCUUAUUAUGCAAUAUACAAAAGAGAGAUUUCAUCAUGCUUUUUAUCGUUUUUUUGCGCUUUUAUUAUUACUUUUGUCUUAAUAAAAAUCGCAUAUAAAA